AUGCACAAUUUCCGUAACAAGGUGGAUGUCGCCAAUAAUGCUGCCGCUGGUUCUAGUGAUGCUGUUCCUGGUGACCCUGCCGCUGUUUCCGCUCCUAGUACUGUCUCUACCAACCCCAAGGCCAAGACCAAGGGUGCUGUCUCUGGAAAGACGCGUGCCCCCAAGGAGGAAGAGGACGAUUAA